AUGCCCAGUGCGAGCGCCCGGGGCUCGCUCGGGCUUGUGCGAGGCGCCAGCCAGGAGUUGCACUUGCCGCGGCUUCUGCAGCAGCGCGGGGCGGGGGCAGCUCGGCUCCUUCGCCCUGAAAACGAGAGCUCGCAACCGAGCGCGCUGCGUGUGAGCACACCGUCCCUAAAUGUCUGGGCCUCCAAGGACUACUGUCCGCGUUGCCCCGAAAGCGAAGCGGCAGCCCCUGCGAGUGGGCGUGGCCGAGGAGACCGAGGAGGGUUCAAAAGGAGGUGGAGGGAUACGCGGGUCACAGUCGGAACUACUUUCAGGAGGAGGUCACGUGUGUUCCUAGUUGGGGAACUUUCCAAAUUCCCACUCCCCUAUGAUGGCUGGGGAGGCAAGUGCCUCUCGUCCUUUGCUCGGGGUGGUGCCGUGUGUCGGCAGCGGAACCCCGAGCCUCCGGGUCGCGGCGGAAACGCAGGCUCCGACGGCCUCCCGCCCGAGCGCUGUCGGUGCUGGCGCCUGGGGAGCUGGUUACACAAGCACCCACAUUCGAGCACGUGCCCCCGCCUCCCCGCACCGCUGGCCGCGGCUUCUCGCAGACCACGGAGGGAGAGCUUCCAAGCUGGUCCUACCCAUUCGCGAGCUACCUACUGAGCCAGCUAAAGGGCCAAGACCUGAGACUUGGAGCUCUGGCGCGGCCAACAGUGCGCGUUCCUCACCGUGAGAGAAGGGGCAGAGCCCCGGGGGUCUGGCAUUUCCCUCCCUGGUGCCCUGCGCUGGCAGGGACGCACCUUCCUGCCGCUGUGCACCGGGAGCAAAACGGGAUCUCCCGCAGCAGCCCGCUGCCUGAAUUCACCAGCGUUGCGACAAACUUCCAGUCACUACCCUUAAGCUGGUGAGCGCGCCCCACCUACUGUAGACUCAGCCAAGUGACUUAUCUGGUCGGAGAACCUAGUCAAUGGCCAUCAGCCCAGAACAAACCUGUCAAGUCGGCUAACAGCCCUGGUUGGUUGACCUAUCCCCGUGAGAGAGCCGGUUCAGAAAUUCGGAGAGCUGGAGCGCAAUUACCAUGACAUUGAUCAGCUGCGGCAAAGAGAGUUGUCCACUUUCUGCUCGAAGAGAAAGAGUAUCAAUCAACAUCAAUCUAGGAAUUUCUUCCUUUUCUUUCCCCUGGGAAGUAGAACUCAAGGAGACAAUCGGAGUCCAAAGUAUCUGAGUUGAGACUUGGGCUGAGGCACUGGCUGGCUGGCUUGCUUUUUUUUUUUUUUUUUUUUUUUUUUUUUUUUUAAAGACCUGGGAGAAUGGGAUCAGUUAGCAUGUGUAUUGCAGUAAUUUUGAGUAGGUGCCUAGGAAGGUCU